AUGGUGGGACACACAGCGUCAGACGUGCCCCCUACCAUGGCGGUCAAGAUCUUCUCUGCUGGGGUGGCGGCCUGCGUGGCUGACAUAAUCACCUUCCCGCUGGACACCGCCAAAGUCCGCCUACAGGUGGGGAGCGCGAUCCAGGGCGAAUGCCUGACCUCCAGUGCCAUUAGGUAUAAAGGUGUCCUGGGAACAAUCAUCACUCUGGCAAAAACAGAAGGGCCAGUGAAACUCUACAGCGGGCUGCCUGCUGGUCUCCAGAGACAAAUAAGCUUCGCCUCCCUUAGGAUCGGCCUCUAUGAUACUGUCCAGGAUUUCUUCACCACAGGGAAAGAAGCUAGUUUAGGAAGCAAGAUCUCGGCGGGCCUAACAACUGGAGGCGUGGCCGUGUUCAUUGGGCAACCCACAGAGGUGGUCAAGGUCAGACUGCAAGCACAGAGCCAUCUCCACGGUCCCAAACCUCGAUACACUGGGACUUACAAUGCUUACAGAAUUAUAGCAACAACAGAAGGCUUGACGGGGCUUUGGAAAGGGACUACUCCCAAUCUGACAAGAAAUGUCAUCAUCAACUGUACAGAGCUAGUAACAUAUGACCUAAUGAAGGAGGCCCUUGUGAAAAGCAGACUAUUAGCAGACGAUGUGCCCUGCCACUUCGUGUCCGCUGUCAUUGCCGGAUUCUGCACAACGGUCCUGUCCUCUCCGGUGGACGUGGUGAAAACCCGAUUUGUUAACUCUUCACCAGGACAGUACACAAGUGUGCCCAACUGCGCGAUGAUGAUGCUCACCAGGGAAGGGCCGUCAGCUUUUUUCAAAGGAUUUGUACCUUCCUUCUUGCGACUGGGAUCCUGGAACGUCAUCAUGUUCUUGUGCUUCGAACAGCUGAAACGAGAACUGAUGAAGUCGAGGCAGACCAUGGACUGUGCGACCUAAUCCUCCUUGGGAAGAAGAUGGAACAGACUAGUGGGGAUCUUUGCUAACCAGAUAAUUUUAAAAAGCAAGCAAACCUAUUCACUUUAUUUCACCCAGAUAAGGAAAUUCUGGUAGAGAGUUUUGGACUAUUUUUUUUCCAAAGGAAAACUACUAUUUCCUAUGACUUUUAUUCUCAGUAUUUUAAGGAAGGGAAAGCAAAACAUUCAAUAUAUACCCUGGCAAAUGUAAUAUCCAGAUAAGCUACUGUAUUUAACUGACUACUUAGUGGGGGGAGGGAUUUUAUGAUUGAAUAUGAAGAUCUUUGACAUGUUUUCAUUAUUAAUUCAAUUAUUAAUUGAUGGAA